AUGCGAAUGGCAUCCUUCAAAUCCGUUCAUGAUUUGCUGCUUAUUGGUUUUCACGAAGGUUUAUUGGACGAAGAAGAGUUUUUGCUGUUGUACCAACAAUAUACUUCUCUGAAUGCUGAGUAUCCGUAUACAAGCUAUCCAGCCUUUGACCUAGAGUUAAAGGACGAAGUUGAAUGCAAAACUGAAUUUAGAGUGGAAAAGAAUGAUAUACCAGGACUUGCGGAUACGCUAAGGAUUCCAGAAAUUGUAAAAUGUUACCAAGGGACUAUUUGUGGACGAGAAGAAGCCUCGUGGAUUCUGCUCAAGAGGUUUGCCUAUCCUUGCAGGUAUUCUGACCUGAUUCCUACCUUUGGUAGAUCAGUUCCUGAAUUAGCUAUGAUUAAUAAUAAAAUGAUCAGUUUAAUUUUUGAUAUCCAUGGCCAUCGUCUGACAGAGUGGAAUCAUCAGAUUUUACACCCAGAAGCUCUUGAGACAUAUGCUACAGCCGUAUCGAACAAAGGAGAAGCCCUUACCAACUGCUUUGCUUUCGUAGAUGGGAUGGUCAGACAAAUUUGUAGACCUGGAAAAAACCAAAGAGUCGUAUAUAAUGGUCAUAAACGAGUCCACGCCCUAAAGUUCCAAUCUGUGGCCUUGCCCAAUGGAAUAAUUGCUAAUUUAUAUGGACCAGUUGGUAAGUUUCUAGUAAACCAAUGCAUAAAAUUUAAUUUUUUCCAGCAGGUACUAUGUCAGUGUCUAUAUAUUAAAGCUGGUACUUGACAAUUUUAUCAAGUAUUUGAAACAGGGCCGUUGUAAACUAACGAUAAUCUGUGAAGUUUGAGAGGGAAAUAAUGACCUAAUAAUCAACCCUAACUAAUCAGACCCCCCCCCCCCAAUACAAAAUUGCUUCCUAUGGUAGUGAUUUAUAUAUCAAAUGGUGUCGCUAUCACCUGUAAAUAACAUUUACAUAAUGUAACAUUUGUGCAAUAUUCUCAAUAGAGGGGAAGAUGCAUGAUGCACGGAUGCUUGGUGAGUCUGGCGUGUACAACAACAUGAGGCAAUUUGCAUUCUCCUGA